CCCAACCCUCUCCAUCUUAGUCAUCGAAAGCGGCCAGAACAACUACGGGUUGCCAGAGGUCGUCCAUCCGGGCUUCUGGUUUGGCCAUCUAAUCCCGGGUAACAAGCAUACCACAUUUUUCCAGGGACCGAAGUCCAAGCAUAUAGCUGGUCGCCAGGCCUCUCUUCCAACUGGCCAUGUUCUCGGCGGAGGGUCAUCUAUCAAUAUGGCAUUAUAUAGCCGUGCGCAGCGAUCCGACUACAACUCAUGGGGUAUCCCGGGAUGGUCGGCCGAUGAUUUGCUGCCGUACAUGAAAAAGUUCGAGACAUACCGUGGUCCAGGCCCGAGAGAUCGGCACGGAUACGACGGCCCUAUAGAGGUAUCCGGUACCAGGUUUAGGAGCUCUAGACUCGAAAAUGAUUUCAUCAAUGCUCUUGGCGAGUUGGGGUGGCCUGAGAUUGAGGAUAUAAACACUCUUGACCAUGUCAACGGAGUAAUGAGGGCCUUACGCUAUGUUAACCCCGACGGUCGGCGACAAGACACAGCCCAUAAGUAUCUACAUCCAAGACUCCAGGAUGGUAGCCACCCGAACCUACACGUACUUGUCGAAUCUCAGGUCGAGCGUGUCCUAUUCGAUGACCGGAAGGCGACUGGGGUAGCUUACAGGCCUAAUCCCACUUUCCAGCCUCCUGAAGAUCCAUCACAAGAUAACAUGCGAGUACUCAAAGCGCGGAAGUUGGUUAUUCUUUCUGCUGGUCCCUUCGGGACUCCUAUGGUACUAGAGAGAUCUGGAGUAGGAGACCCGCAGAUUUUGGAGCGUGCUGGAGUACCAAUCGUAGCCAGCGUUCCUGGAGUUGGCCAUGACUAUGAAGAUCAUUUUUCAAUGAUGUACGGAUACGAGUCGACUCUCAGGCCCGAGGAAACCUUGGAGGGGAUAAUCUCCGGUCGCCUCAAUGCUGAAGAACUGAUCAGAGAUGAUGCGAAGGUUUUAGGCUGGAAUUCAGUUGAUUGUCAAGCUAAGCUUCGGCCAACAGAUGCUGACGUCGCGAGUCUUGGCCCUGAAUAUCAAGAGACUUGGGAUAGGGAAUUCAGAAACUUCCCAGACAAACCACUGAUGAUGAUGUCUCCGGUAGCAGGGUUUCCUGUCGAUCCAACGAGUGACCCACCCAAACAAAUAUGUACCCUUGUCACUUUCAUUCUGUACCCCUUUUCACGUGGUCAUCUCCAUAUCUCAGGUCCCAAAAUUGACGAUGCUCCGGACUUUGAUCCCGGUGCCCUUUCAGACCCUCAGGCUUUCGAUCUGAAGAGCCAUAUCUGGAUGUACAAGAAGCAUCGAGAAAUCGCGCACCGCAUGAGUAUCACUGGCGACGAGUUGACUGGUAUGCACCCUGUCUUCCCCGCAAACUCCAAAGCCAGUAAAAGCGCCACGGGGAAGUUCGAGUAUACGGCAGAGGAUGAGAAAAUCAUUGAAGACUGGAUACGAGGGCAUUUGGAUUCUACCUGGCACCCAAUUGGAACUUGUAAGAUGGCGCCACGGGAGAAGCUUGGUGUUGUGGACCCGGCAUUAAAUGUUUACGGCGUUCAGGGGCUCAAGAUCGCUGAUAUGAGUAUCCCCACUGCUAACAUUGGCGCAAACCUGGCCAACACGGCCAUGACCAUUGGUGAAAAGGCGGCGGAUAUCUUCAUCAAGGAAUUGGGUAUUGGCAAGUAGAAUGAGUAUCUAUCUACCCCUAGCUAUCUAGCUAGUAGGCAGGCAGUGAGUAUAGGUUACACCUAUUCAAAUAUUAAGUACGGUGAUUGAAUUAUUAAAAAGGCAAACUCCAUCGGCAUAAGAUUAAAAGAUAAUUAAGUAAAGU